AUGUCCUUCUGCCCGAUUCAAUUGGCACUCCAAUAUACUAUGUUGAUUUCACCACGUGGUCUACAAUUUCACCGCCCCCCAGAAAUUCAAGUCUACAACAUAGAAACGGCAGGGGGACUGACUUUGGAUGCCAACAAUCUCUGGAGGGGCGGAGCAAUUCAGAUCAGAGGAAUAACCAAAAUACUUCAACAGGCAAGAAUGGAUCAAAUGAGAAAGGAGAAUCAGGACAAGGAGAUUCACGACAACGAGGUUCACGACAAGGAGAUUCACGACAACGAGGUUCACGACAAGGAGGUUCACGACAAGGAGGUUCACGACAAGGAGGUUCACGACAAGGAGGUUCACGACAAGGAGGUUCACGACAAGGAGGUUCAGCAGAUUCGCAUAAGAAGCCUCCUCAACAGAAGCAUCAAGUGCCAGCCAUUACGGUGA